UGUGUAAAGGAAUCAGAAUGUUUUCUGUAGCACCAAUCUUUCCAAAUUCUCAAUCAACUAUUAUUGGAAGGAGGACAUACAAUACUAAUAUUAAUACUUAUCAAGCAAAUUAUCUAAGCUUUCGUCUUUGGCCAAAUUUGUGUUCCAGAAGAACAAAAUUAAGGAGCCAAGCAAUGGAUCCUUCACGUCAUUUGGCUGAUUUUGAACCAACACUUUGGGGAGACCAUUUUCUCUCCUACACUCCUCAACAAACAGAAAUUAGUACCCAAGAGAAAGUUGAAGUUGAUGAAUUAAAAGAGAUGAUCAGGAAAACGUUGGUGGAAACUCCGGACCAUAGUACACAAAAACUUGUGUUGAUAGACACAAUUCAACGAUUGGGAGUAGCAUAUCAUUUUCAUAAUGAAAUCGAAAUAUCCAUUCAAAACAGUUUUGAUUCUCAACUACAGAGUGAGAAUAAUGAUGACAAUCUUCACGUUGUUUCUCUUCGUUUUCGACUACUGAGGCAACAAGGCCAUUACAUCUCUUCUGUUACCACCACUCGUCUCGAGUCCCUACUCCCCAACUUGACCAAUAACUCACUUAAGAUUCAAGUUACUGAAGCGUUAAGUCAGCCUAUUCGUAAAACAGUACCAAGGGUAGGAGCUAGAAAAUACAUACACAUUUAUGAAAAUAUCAAAUCACAUAAUGAUUUACUAUUGAAAUUCGCGAAAUUGAAUUUUAACAUGUUGCAAAAGGUGCAUCAAGACGAGCUUAACGAGAUAUCAAGGUGGUGGAAAGAUUUGGAUAUUGCAAACAAAUUACCAUAUGCAAAAGACAGAUUUGUGGAAAGUUACUUUUGGAUAAUUGGAUUGUCUGUUGAGCCCCAAUAUAGUCGAUUGAGAAGAAUGUUAACAAAAGUAGUCAACAUGAACUCUAUUGUUGAUGACACUUAUGAUGCUUAUGGAACCCAUGAUGAACUUGUGCUUCUCACUAAUGCAAUUGAGAGAUGGGACAUACGUGUUAUGGAUUCAUUACCACCAUAUAUGAGAAUUGUUUAUCAAGAACUUCUCAAUAUCUACGAUGAAGCAGAAGAAGUAUUGGCCAAAGAAGGCAAAUCGAAUAGCGUAAUCUACUAUGCAAAAAAUGAGUGGAAAAAAUUGACGGCUGCCUAUAUGAAGGAAAGUGAUUGGUUGAAUGCUGGUUAUAUUCCAAAAUGUGAUGAAUAUAUGAAAAAUGCAGUAAUAACAGCUACAUGUAUGCUUUAUGUAACAAAUUCCUUGGUUGGCAUGGACAAAUUGUAUAUGACCAAAGAGAAUAUUGAGUGGCUAACAAAUGGGCUUUUGGUUGCACGUUCUGCUGGAGCAAUCUGUCGAUGUAUGGAUGAUAUUUCUGAUCAUGAAGUUAAUCAACAAAGAGGACAUGUUGCUUCAAUUGUUGACUGCUACAUAAAAGAAUAUGGAGUUUCAAAGGAGGAGGCGUAUGUUGAGAUUCGGAAGAUGGUCACGAAUGCAUGGAAAGAUAUAAAUAAGGAAUUCCUUUUUCAUAAGGAAGUACCAUUUUUCGUCCUUGAACUAGGUUUAAAUUUUGCGCAAUUGGUAGAUACAACUUUUGGAGAUGGUCAUGACGAAUAUACAAGUCCCAAAUCCGAAACUAAAAAGAUGCUUAGUUUGUUGCUUGUUGAAUCCAUCAAUAUAUGACAACAAUGCAUAUGCACCUUCGACUAAAUGUAAUU